AUGGCGAAGGCAGCUAAGGAAAUUCAAAUGGAGAACCCAAGAGAGGCAGAGACUCACAGCGUGGGGGCGACGGGCUCCCCGUCAGAAGAACAGGCAGAAAAACCCUCCAUGCUCUGUUUUAAGAAGCGGAAGAAGUCCUGUAAGAAGGGGCCAACUGGGAAGAAUGCAUGCGAAGGAGCCUUGGAAGAGAAAAGCCAAUGUGUCAGCACCGACCAAGCGGAGGUGAAAGUUUCUAAUCAAUCACGAUCCUCCAAAGGAGCCUGGGCAGCCAUCAAAAACCUCACGAGACCUCGGAGAAGCCAAAAAUCCUCCUUGCGGAAGAAGGUGCCCUCUGAUUCCCAAGUGCAGCUGGAGACAGAUGCUGAGGAGGGCUGCACGCGAGGCUUCCCAAAGAAACGGGCGAGCUCCGGGGUGAAGAUGCCUUGUGUACGGUUCUCCAGAGGCAAGAAAAAACGCAGCUCCUCUGAAGCGGUGGAGGAGUCGGAGGGCAGUGUUCAAGCAAACGAAGUGGUGGGCAUUUUGAAUAAAGCUAGUGAAGAGCCAGAGGGUUUGGCUCCGAUGGACAAGUCUGAAUCCUUCAGCCCGACCUCCGCGGAGGAGGACCAGGAUACGGCGAAGGAAAGCGCCGACUCUGUUGGGAAGACUGAGCACUUGACAGAGCCCACACCUGAUGCAGAUGAACAUACGGAGUGUACCGCUCAGUUGGAGAUAACCGAUUCAGAGACGGUUAAUGAAACAGCCCAGGAAAAACUGCAGGAGGGGAGUCUGCCCCAAACCACAGUCUGUGCAGAAGGUGGGGACGUUGCUCCUGAAGCACCUGUUUCCAAGGAUGAAGCCGGCAGCGCCCCUGAACCCACCGAGCUGCAGGAAACCCCUAAUACCUGUAAAGAGCUGCCUGAAGGGGAUGAAUCAGAAAAGAGCAUAAAUCUUCCUGAGGAGUGCAAAGCCGAAGAGACUGUAAUGGAUUCCAGUCAGUCGGCAUCUAAAGAUGGUGCACUGAGCUUGCAGGGCUGCUCCAGCCAUCAGGUGACAUUAGAAGGAAACGCGGGCGCCGGCAUCGGCAUCGGCAUUGUCAUCACCAUCACCGAAGCUGAGGACUCUGACCACACCGACUCUGACCAGGCCUAUGAGCCGUCCCCGGUUUUGCACCGAAAUAAGCAAAAAGGGAAUAAAAAAUCAAGCGGGAGCUUUGAUUAUGGUAAAAAAGAGGGCCCCGAGGCUGGCGGCUGUCCCCAGGCGGAGGAGAAGGGUCCAGGUGACCAAGGGCACAGAACUGGGGAGCAGUACGAGUUGCUCCUCAUAGAAACCGCGUCUUCCCUCGUGAAGGCCGCCAUUCAGUCAUCCAUAGAGCAGCUGGUCAAUGAAAUGGCUCUGGAACAGAAUAAACACAACAAUUUUCUGUGA